GGCUUUCGAUGACCCGACAGGAACAGACAGUCACAGAGAUUGGCUGCGUUGCAUUGCCUUGUACCAAAGCAACCACUUUGCGUACUGCCAGUUCUCCCUCUGGUAGACCGAGCUCUACAAGCAUGCAGAGGGGCUUGUAUCCAAGCAACCACGAGGCGAACCACACGGCCUUGAAUAGCAGUAGUUUUCCUUUUCACGACAUUGACCCACUCCUUUUGGAGAGCAAGCACUGUUCUUUUCGGGCCAAGGCGAGGCGAUACAGCACGAGGCAGUCAGUCGGCACGCAACAUGCGGAAGAUGAUUUGAGUGUCGCCUCUCGGCGCACCUUACUGAACACUCCCCUGUACAUGUCAAAGGACACAAGACAGAAGCCGAGGGAGGAAGCUGCAACCCUUCUUUCGUUUUGGUUUUCGAGUUCAAGCACCGUUGCCGCCCAAGAGGUAUAUAUCGCCGCCCCCUGACCCUGAUUCUCCACGCCCCCCGGACAGCAAGCAAGAGUCGAAACGACGCAACACGGCACGGCGCAGAGACAGCAGGACACCAAUGCAUGCAUGCCCUCCCGCCUUGGUAGAUCCGGUGUCCUGGCAGUUGGUGGCGACCUCUCCAAGCCAAGCUUCGAGCGAGGCGCCAUCAACUCUAGCCUCCAGGCGGUGGCUGCAACGACGACGACGAUAACGGCAACGACAACGGCGACGAGCAGUUUGCUCGUUCACACAAGGCGAGGAAACAAACCAAACAGCUGCGGCUGGCUGCUCGUCGUCUUCGGGCACUCUCUUACCCAACGAUCCAUCCGGCUGCUGCAGAGUUGUGGCCCCGUGCGCCCACCCCUGGCUCAAGCAAGCUUCUUCACGUCGACCCUCCCG